ACGGCGGGAGGUCGCCGUCGAGCAUUCAACGGAUGCUAGUGGCCAGGCUUGAGCAAUACGCCUACAACCACGACAGCGCCUACGAUGAUGACGUCCUAGACCACCUCCGCACCCGCCCCUACCCCGAGUACAAGCGCCAGAAGCUCGAGCCCUUCCGCCGCUACGUCCUCCCUGCUCUUCGCCGCGUCCGCUCCUCCAUUGCCGCCGCAGCCAAUUCCCCGUUGGAUGAGGAACACGACGAAGGGGGCGGCUGCUCCACCCCAGCCUCCGCUGUCGCCGAGUCCUCGCGGAGAAAGAAUAAGAAGAAGGCGAGGAUAGACCCUUCUGAGGUGAAGCUAGUUCUUACAGAGAGGGAGCACCUGAGGAAGCGGAAGAUGGCUCUCGGUGAUAAUGUUGGUGACGGGGACGAUAAUGGUGAAGAGGACGACAGUUCGAGCUCAGAGGAGGCUGAUUCUUCGCCGCAGUUUGACCGAAUGAAAUCGAUGAUGAGAUCGAGUUAUGGUAAACUUAAGGGAGCUUCUGCAACUAGCGCCAAAAGAGAGAUAUGCCGAAGUUCCAGAGGAAUCUGGAGGUCGUGUUGGACGCGAAGGCGAAUGUGGAGGCGGGAGAAGUGGGGGCGGCCCAAUUUCAAAGAACUUGGUGGAAUCAAAGGCAUCUUGGACGAAUUGAUGAUGGAGGUGAUGAUCCCGCUAUUCCAUCCUUAGCUGCCUGAGCAUCUGGGAGUGCGGCCAUUGAAGGGAAUUCUGUUGCACGGACCGCCAGGAUGCGGGAAGACGAAGCUUGCUCAUGCCAUUGCCAACGAGACUGGGGUGCCAUUUUUGAAGAUCUUGGCAACUGAAGUCGUUUCCGGAAUCUCAGGUGUCUCUGAGGACAAUAUCCGCAAUCUUUUUUCUAAGGCAUACAGGACUGCGCCUUCAAUUGCCUUCGUUGAUGAGAUUGACACUAUUGCUUCAAAGAGGGACAAUUUGCAGAGAGAAAUGGAGAGGAGAAUUGUGACUCAACUUCUGACAUGUAUGGAUCAAACCAUACCGCUAGUUCUGUUGUUCAAGAUUCUGAUUCAAACUUCUGGCAAAAAGCCUGGAUAUGUGCUUGUAAUUGGAGCUACAAAUAGACCUGAUGCAGUAGAUCCUGCACUUAGAAGGCCAGGCCGGUUUGACCGAGAAAUUUCUGUGGGUGUUCCAGAUGAAAAUGCAAGAGUGGAGAUUCUUUCGGUGGUUACCACCAACCUUAGACUGGAAGGUGCAUUUGACCUGAAGAAAAUUGCAAAGUUGACACCUGUUUUUGUGGCUGCUGAUUUGACUGCCUUAGCAAACAAGGUUGGAAAUCUUGCAAUGAAGAGGAUACUAGAUAAAAGGAAAUUAGACCUCUUCCUUGAACGAGAAGGCAAAGAGACUGAAGAAGAUUGGUGGAGAUACCCUUGGGUACCUGAAGAGAUGGAAAGGCUUAGUAUUAAUUCUGAUUUUGAGGAUGCAGCUGCAGUGGUUCAACCUUCAUCUAAAAGAGAAGGGUUUUCUGCCAUACCUGAAAAAACAUGGGAUGAUGUUGGUGGUAUGCAUUCAUUGAGGAGGGAUUUUGAGCUUUACAUUGUGGGACAAAUUAAACAUCCAGAAGAUUAUGAGGAAUUUGGCAUGGAUCUGGAGACUGGAUUUUUGCUUUAUGGACCUCCUGGCUGUGGAAAGUCAUUGAUUGCUAUGGCUGUAGCAAAUGAAGCUGGAGCCAAUUUUAUACACGUAAAGGGCCCUGAGAUACUGAGCAAGUAUGUGGGUGAAAGCGAGUUGGCAAUUCAGACAAUUUUUGGACGUGCCUGUACUUGUGCACCAUGCAUACUUUUCUUUGAUGAGGUGGAUGCUUUAACAACAAAAAGAGGAAAGGAUGGUGGAUGGGUUGUUGAACGGCUAAUAAAUCAGCUGCUUAUAGAGCUUGAUGGUGCUGAUCAGAAGGGUGUUUACGUUGUUGGUGCUACUAAUAGGCCUGAUGCAAUUGACAGAGCUCUCCUGAGGCCUGGAAGGCUGGGGAAGCUCAUGUUUGUGCCUUUACCUAGCUCUGUUUAGUGCACAUCCAUCUUGAAAACACUAUCGCAGAAAAGGCCGAUAUCUCCAGAUGUGAACUUUGAUGAGCUAAGUGAACAAAGUGAAAACUUUAGUGGAGCUGAUGUUGCAAAGUGGGUAGAGGAAGCUGCUAUGGCUGCAUUUGAGGAAAAGCAGAACUCUUGGACAUCUACUAAAUAUGGUGGAAGAACAGAAUGGCUAGCGUGAGCCAUUGAAUUGCAAGCUUACAUUGGCAAGUGGUGCAGCUUUCUGAUUGCCAUUUUAAUUCGAUGAUGUCAAAACAACUUCCUUAGGGUUACGUGCACAUUUCUGCGACAAUCUUUUUCCGGAUACAACUGGUAGAGGCUAUUUUAAUGUACACUCGAUGCAGGUCUAUAUAAACUAAGAAAACCAUUAAAGGUAUUGAAAUCUGCGGCCUUCUCUGAAUCUUUAGAGCAUCUUAGGGCAAGCUGCAUGGACCAUUAUCGCCUGCAGGUUUCUUUCAAUAGCAGGGUUCACAGGGUGGAGGUGGAUGGGCACAUGGAGACAUUCAAGACAACAGACUGCAGAUGUCAGGUGGAGCAUGAGUUUGGUAGGCUGGAUUUUUAAACAUGGUGCAGACAAUCCACCAAAAAGAGCUUGAGGAGAUAUCCAGGCAACAGACUUUCUCUCAUUCCUCCAUAAAAGUGGAUUUCAAUAUUGUCAAGAUCUUCGACAAAAUCUGGCAGUGGUGCCGUGGAGCAUGACCACCUGUUUGCCGUUUUGUUAGGGACUUAGGUCAGAGUGCUUGUUUCAGAAAUAUGAAUUGUUCCCCUUUGUCGAAAUAUUGUGCAUUUUAGGUUUUAUGUUUUUCUUUGCAAUUUGAACAAGAACCAUUGUCAAAGCCUAUUACUGAACAAAUGCCGCCACAAGUACAUAUCUGAUAGCUUUCACGCGGUUCUCAGCAAGCACCAGAUUCUAUGAUGGUGUAGAUGAGGCUGAAUUUGUCAAUUACUAUUAAGACGGGGACUGUGAAAAACUGUUACAGGAUGUAUC